GUGUGUGAAUUGAAAAGCCCAAACCCAAGCCGGAUGCCAAGCCCAAACCCAAACCCGCCCCAGCUGCUGCUCGCCGCCGGUGGCGUCGGACGCUGCGGGGCCGAACCGAGCGACGGCGAGCGCGAGAGUGACGCCAUCGACCGCGGCGGCGGACGCUUCCGACGAGCUCGACCUCGCGUUCCUUCCUUGGGCCCUCAGUAGGACCCCGGGUUGGUAGAGUACUCCCCAUUCAUCGGUCUGCAGGUGGAUGGGGAAUGUCGAGGGGGCGGGGCUCGGUGGGGCGAUGCCGCCGGUGGAGAGGCGGUUGCUAAGGCGGAUGGAGGGCCUUGGCCGCUUCGCUGGAGGCGGACGCCGUUGGUCGUCCGGCGGCUCCGGCAGGGGCAGGAACCCUUCGGAGGCGGCGCUCGCGUCUGUUGCCGAAAUUGAUCUUCGUGUUGCCGCAAGGACGCGGUGAAACUACGGCGGGCCGCCGUACGUCGCCGAUGCUAAAGGAUAGGCACCACGCCUAUUUUACUUUCACCAAAGGCCAUGACUUGCGGUGUAGUCUAGGGAUUUAUGCAGUUUGCUUUCGGCGGGGAUUCCAAGUCCUGAACCUGCACUGCACUUCAGGAGCUUUCAAGUACACAAAAGCAACAUCACUUGUGUUUGUGAGAGAGCAAAACACAAGUCUGCAGCCAUGAGUGGGGGACCUGACAUGAUCGCAAGUGCCGUGAUUCAGCAUGUUGGCAGCAUGCUCGGUGACAAAGCCUGGGAGAGGAUCGAGCUGCUAUGGAACUUUGAGAAUGAUGCCAAGGAGAUGAAGGACAAAAUGUUUAACCUGCAGGUUGCACUUAACAAUGCUGAGAAGCGCUCCCAGGAGUCCGAGGAUGCAUUGGCGAGACUCUGGCUCAAGAAGUACAAAUCUGUUGCCUAUGACAUGGAGGACACACUGGAUGAGUUGGGCGCGAACGCAAUGAUAUGGAGAAAUAGUACAUGCACGGCUAAAUUUUUCUUCUCAUCAAUCAAUCCACUCGUUGUGCGCAUCACCAUGUCAGAUAAGAUGAGAAAUAUCCGGGCGAUGCUAGAUAAGAUUGUUGAGGACCAGACGAAAUUCCGUUUUCUGACAUUGCCUACCCCAACAAGCCAAGAUAGUAAGAAGAAGUGGAGAGAAACCUUUAUUGGUGACAGAGAUGAAAUUGAGGUGAUAGGAAGGGAAAGAGAGAAGAAAGACAUACUGACUAAGGUGUUGCAGAAAAAUGGAGAGAAAGAAAGCUUUAUCAUUCCUGUUGUUGGCCUUGGUGGAAUGGGUAAGACAACAUUAGCAAAGGCUGUUUACACUGACAAGGAAACAAAUAUGUUUGAUGUGAAAGCAUGGGUUCAUGUCUCGAUGGACUUUCAGCUAAAUAAGAUUGUGUCUGCUAUUAUAUCUCAGGUCGAGGGUAGCACUCCUGCUAAUGAUGUUGAUCUGCAGUACCUAAAAUCUCAACUUGACCGCAUACUCCAUGGCAAGAUUUAUCUUAUAGUCUUAGAUGAUUUAUGGGAGGAAGAGAGGUCUAAGUUGGAGGAUCUGAUGAACAUGUUGCAAUCUGGAAUGAAAGGUAGCAAUAUAAUAGUCACUACCCGUAGUGAAAAGGUUGUUAGUUUAGUAUCUACUACUACCAUACAUUCUUCAUAUUUUCAGAUUGUUGACCCAAUUAAACUGGAGAGUAUGUCAAUUGAUGAAUGUUGGUCUAUUAUGAAGCCUCGUAAUCUCAGAAAUGGUCAACUUACUGACCUUGUAGACAUUGGAAAGGAUAUUGCACAGCGAUGCAGUGGAGUACCUCUGGUUGCUAAGGCUCUUGGUUAUGUGAUGCAGAAGCAGUGCACAAGAGAAGAAUGGUUAGAAAUUAAAAAUAGUAACAUACUGGAUAUUAAGGAUGAUGACAAAGGAAUUCUGAAGGGCUUGCUGCUAAGCUAUUACCACAUGCCUCCACAACUUCAACUUUGUUUCAUGUAUUGCUCUAUCUUCCCUAGGAACCAUGAUAUAGAUCAUGAUUGUUUGAUCCAGCAAUGGAUUGCUUUGGGGUUUAUUCAAGAUACUAAUGGGCAACGCUUCAGAAGAUUGGUAGGGAAUAUGUUAAUGAAUUCUUGGGAAUGUCCUUCCUCACAAAUUUGACUCCUACAGUGCCGGCUUCAAGGAGUUUUGAACCCACACUUAGACUUUGUAUGCAUGAUAUGGUACACGAUCUCGCAAGGCAUGUUGCUGGUGAUGAAUUAUCUUGCACAAAUGGUGUGGCAAACAGCACUACUAAGGCGGGCAAAUUGAUUUGUCACUAUCAGCUAUUGAUGAAUAGUAACGAGUCUUCAUCCUCUAAGUCUUUGCCACCAAAGGUUAGGGCCAUGCAUUUCAGGGAAUGCAAUAAACUUCAUCUUCCUAAGCAAGCAUUCUCACACGCAUUAUAUCUGAGAGUUUUGGAUUUGAGUGGAUGCCAUGUGUCAGAGCUACCGGGUUCUGUUUGUAAACUAAAGCUAUUAAGGUAUCUUGAUGCUUCCAACCUUCCUAUCCCAAACUUUCCUAAAUCCUUGAACCGUCUCCUAAACUUGCAAACCUUGAUACUUUCAAACACUUCUCUGAAGGCACUGCCCACAAACGUUGGUUGCCUCCAAAAGCUGCAAUACUUUGACCUAUCAGGAUGUGUCAACCUUCAUGAACUUCCCACCUCUUUCGGUAACCUCAGUGCUUUGCUCUUCUUAAACUUGGCAAGCUGCCAUGAACUGCCUACCCUUCCAGAAUCCUUUGGCAAGUUGCAUAAGCUUCAGUUUUUGAACCUAUCCGAUUGCUACAAACUCCACUCACUACCAGAAUCUUGUUGUCAACUUCAUGAUCUAACACAUCUUGAGCUGUCGGAUUGCCAUAAUCUUGAAAAGGUCCCAGAUUGUAUUGAUCAACUUUCUAAGCUUGAGUAUCUGAACAUGACAAGCUGUUCCAAGGUUCAAAUGUUGCCCGAGUCUCUAUGCAAACUCAUGAUGUUAAAGCAUCUAAAUUUGUCGUUCUGUGUAAAACUUAGACAUCUGCCUGCUUCUAUUGGUGUUUUACGACUUCA